AUUUUCUUCUUUAAAACAAAAUAUAUAAGACCGCGUCUCUAACGUUGACUUUCAAAUUUAGUCACGUCGGUCUAAUUCCUCACACGCCUUUUCUCCUCUAUCCACAUUCCUCCUCUAUAUAUAUACACUCUCCUCGUAUACCUUAACUCAUUCCAUAUCCAAAACAAAAUACCAAAUUUCAAAAUUUUAACACCAACCAAAAAACAAAAAAAGCACACGAAAGAGAUUGAAAAGAAAAAAAAAAAAUGGUAGAUAUGGAUUGGAAGAGGAAGAUGGUAAUAUCAUCAGAAUUACCGAACUCACCUAAGCUAUCUUCAAAGCUCCACGUCACUAUCCCUUCACCCUUCUUCAAAGUCCUCCCAGCUGUUUCCUCUUCUCCCAUCUCUUGCUCCGCUCCAUCUCUUUGCUCUGCUUACGAGCUUUACCUUCGUCUCCCCGACCUACGUAACCUCUGGUCCUCUCGUGAUUUCCCUCAAUGGACUUCCGAACCGAUCCUCAAACCGGCUCUUCAAGCUUUGGAGAUCAGUUUCAGAUUAGUUUUCGCCGUUUCUUCCGAUACCAGACCUUACAUCAACCACCGCGAAUGGAACCGACGGUUAGAUUCUCUCGUCACGAAUCAGAUCCAGAUUCUGGCAGCCAUCUCCGAAGAGGAUGAUGAAUCGUCGGCGGCUCCGGUCAGCGAUGUACGGAGCUCGUUAAGUUUAUUACCGCAGCUAGCGACGUGGAGGAGAUCGGAAGCUUUAGGGAAAAAGAUCUUAUCCACGAUCGACAACGAGAUGCGUCGGUGUAAGUACACGCUCGGACUCGGCGAACAGAACAUCGCCGGGAAACCUAAUAUCCGGUACGAUUCGAUUUGCCGACCUAACGAGCUUUAUAGCCUCAAAGACAAUCCAUACGCAGAUCACAUCGAUAACCAAGAGAAUCAAACGCUCUACAUCAUUCACCAGAUCCUCGAAUCGUGGAUCUACGCAUCUCGUAACCUCCUGAACCGGAUCGUCUCGAGCAUCGAAGACGAGAGAUUCGAAAAAGCUUCCGACGACGUGUACUUGCUGGAAAAGAUCUGGAAGCUUUUAGCUGAGAUCGAAGAUCUUCACAUGCUGAUGGAUCCGGAGGAUUUUUUGAAAUUGAAGAAACAGUUACAGAUCAAAUCGACGGGCAAAAACGAUGCGUUUUGUUUCAGAUCUAGAGGGUUAGUGGAGGUGAUGAAGAUGUCGAAAGAUCUGAGACAGAAGGUACCGGCGGUGUUGGCGGUUGAGGUAGAUCCGACGGGAGGACCGAGAUUGCAAGAGGCGGCGAUGAAGCUUUACUCGAGGAAGAGUGAGUGCGAUAAGAUUCAUCUGCUUCAGGGGAUGCAGGCGGUGGAAUCUGCGGCGAAGAGUUUUUUCUUUUCGUAUAGACAGCUAGUGGCGGCGAUGAUGGGAAGCGCGGAGACGAACGCGACGGCGAGUCAGGAGUCGUGUGACUCGCUGAGUCAGAUAUUUAUGGAGCCGACGUAUUACCCGAGUCUUGACGCGGCAAAGACGUUUCUCGGAGAGUUCUGGAGUCAUUUGGGUUGAUUUUUAAUUUUUUAAAAAUAUUUCCUCUGGUCUUUUUUUAUUUAAUACUCAAAAAUUAAAUUGGUGGUUUGGUUUGGUUUGGUUAAAUUUAGUUUGUAAGAUGCUGAAAAUUUUUGGAACAUUUGACGACGAUACGUAUUUGAAUACAAAUUUAUUUUAUAUUA